UCUUUGAACCUGAAGAUUUCAAGGCACGCAAGGUAAAAGAAAAGCUAAAGCUCAUCGAAAGAAAAAAAACCAAAGUAAAGGAACUUAACAGUUAGGAUUUGUCGAUCGAAAAUGUCGUGGCAAACGUACGUUGAUGAGCACCUUAUGUGCGACAUCGACGGCCACCAUCUCACGGCCGCCGCUAUCAUCGGCCACGAUGGCAGCGUGUGGGCCCAGAGCUCCAGCUUCCCUCAGUUUAAGCCAGAAGAGGUUGCUGCUAUCAUGAAAGAUUUUGAUGAACCUGGAUCCCUUGCCCCAACUGGCUUGCACCUUGGUGGCACAAAGUACAUGGUGAUCCAGGGAGAGCCUGGAGCUGUGAUUCGUGGAAAGAAGGGUUCUGGUGGCAUCACUGUGAAGAAAACGAGCCAAGCUCUCAUUAUUGGCAUUUAUGAUGAACCACUGACUCCAGGACAGUGCAACAUGAUUGUAGAGAGGCUGGGUGAUUACCUCCUUGAUCAAGGCCUGUAGGCUCUUAAUGCUUCAUCUUAGUUUCAUGGUUGACAAAUGCUGAUUUCUGGUUUGGGCUUGCAGCUGGCCAUGAACUGGCAUUAAUGAUUUUGCUGGGAAAUAACGUUGUCAGAUCAUAAACAGUGAUUUUGCCCCCCUUUUGUUGUUGAUUGUAGGUCCAUUGCCUGUUUCUUUUCAAUUCCCGCAAUGCGUUCUUAAGUAAUGUGUAUUCAUGCUUCCCUCUAUUAUGCUUGAAUUAAGUUUGCAUAUCUAAAGUUUGAAUAUUUUGGAUUUAUUUUAUACUACAUAAUACUAUCUUUUUAUUUUUUA